AUGUCAAGAUACAAUAUUUAUGCAGGAAUUUUAGAAGAAUUAGAAGAUAAAUUCAUAAAAGUGAUCGAAGAGAAGAAAAAAUUGCGACCAGUACUUUUAGCACUUAAGAAAUAUCCCGAUCUUUCAACAAGAAAAACUACAGCAAUAUUAACUUUUACGAGAAAGCCGGAAUGA